CUUUUUUUUUCGGUGCGAGUUAAUUUUUCAUCCAGUUUUUUUUUUUUUUGGUUUUCGAUUGUUAAUUCGGGCCUUCCUGCCAUUCAAAAUGAGUGCGAUAAAUUUUGAAGAAAAUUUCCAGAUGUUCUAUCGAAUGGCCAAAAUUCUUAUUCUGGAAUUAAAGGAUGAUGACAAAGUACUAGCCGCCCAAUGGCUCCGCAAGUUGGCCGCCUGCCAAUCGCCGGACGAUGCCGAGCGGCGCAAUCACUAUAUGACGCUGUUGCUCAUCACCCUCCAGCAGCAGCGUAUUGUUGGCCCCUUCAAACAACCACCCGUCGCUGGCAACAGUCUGGAACCAUUUCCAGAGGAAAUACAACCGGCCGAUAUGCGGCAAUUGAUUGCGAACGAUUUGGCGCAGACUCCACCACCCGCGAUGGUUCAGUUUGCCCUCUCCGGCAAUCCGAUCCUGACGGAGCUUGCCGUUACUCAAGAGAUACCGAAAUUUGGCAUCCAUUUCUAUUACAUGUGUGCACUGGAAUCGAUCGACGCGUUCCAGCGUGCCCACCAAGCUCGAAUUCCACGCCCUUUGCUCGGCCCGACGCGGUCGACUAUGCGUGAGUUGAACGCUGGCGUUGAACAGGUUUUACGCGCCGAACGGUCAAAAAUGAGGGUUACGGUAGACAAAAGGGGUAAAAAGAAAAUUAUAAUCCGAGACGAAAAUUUUGCUGCUUUUUCGCAAACUGGCAAAACAGGAAAAAUGUCCAAGCGUUUGCAAAAACGUCUAGGAGUUGCUAAAACGGGCGAAGCCACUACCACCACCACAGCCGCUGCUGCUGGGCCAGAGCCUGAACCAGAGCGAGCUCUAGAUGAUAGCUGGGAACCACCAGCCCCAGUACGUCCGCCACCGAAACCAGAACCAAAACCAGUGCCCAAGCCAACUGCGAAGCCUGCCACGAAAGAGCCUGAGAAAGGUAAACCAGCGAAAGCCACGGAAGAAAAAGGUGCGAAAAAAACUGAUACAGCCAAACCAGGAACCGUUCCUCAAAAAUCCGGCCAAAAGACAGGCGCUAUUCCUAAAAAACUCACCGGCAAAAUGGCAGGAAGAGUAAUACGAAGAAAACCAGCAGAUGCAGCACCACCACCGGCAGCAGCAACAAUGGAACUUGUGCCUGAAAUUCCAAAAUCUCCAGCUAAACCUGAAAGGGAUCCCAACGCUCCACCAACUCCACCACAUAUUCGUGCUCAAAGACUGGAAGAUGAAAGACGUCAACAACUGUUGGCAUCUGCUGCCCCCAGAAUGCGUUUACUUCUGGAAAAUUAUUAUAUGACAAGAGCACCCAAACCGGAAGAUUUAGAACCGGAACCCUAUAAACCCGCGUUACUGGAUGAAGCCGCCGAAUUUUUACCACCGCCCCCGGCAAGUGAAGAUCCAAUCGAGCUCUAUUGGGCGCUACAAGGCGUUGAUCCAAUGGAGUAUAUCACGGCACCACCAAUCCAGCAUUUACCAGCUCCCGCGCAAAGAAGUGACCGUCCCGCUCAACCUACAUCAAUUGCCGAGGAAAGAAGAUACCAACUCGCACCACCUGCACUAACUGAAAGAGAAACCAGCCACCGACGCCCUCCGUAUCCAAAAACUGGCGGCUAUCUCGCACCACCCGAACCGACGGAGAGAGAAACAAGCCACCGCCGUCCGCCGUAUUCAACAAUGCUUGAUGAUGAAAUUACAGAGGAAGGCUUCCUCGUCGAUGAUGAUUUCCUAACCGGUGGUCCACCUGCAUCACCAAUGCUCGAGGACGAAGUUAUGGAUGAGAACAUUUUAGUCGAUGAUGACUUGCUAGGUGAUGAUGACUCGCUAGCCGAUGAUGAAUUGCUAGGCGAUGAUGAAUUGCUAGGCGCUGAUGACUUCCUAGCCGAUGCAGGUGACUGGGAUAGACGACCUCUUACCGUAUUGGAGCAAGCACGCAGAGCCUACAGCGAAGCUAUUGGAGUCCCCAGCCCCCGCACACCAGUACGAGUAUCUCCGAGAGCUGCACCUAUACCUACAACUCCUCAAGCUUCAUCCCGACCUGCCGACGAAGCAUUGUUUAGAACUCCUAAAACUCCCCGCCGAGUUCCCGGUGGAGACUUGAUAGACAUCAGUGGUGGUGUACCCGUAUUCAGUCCAAAGACGCCUACAACAGCAGCUACCAUGAUGGAUCUCAUCACAGGUGGAACGCCGGCGAAGAUUGCUAUAAUUAUGAACCAAAUUGAUCAGCAAGUGGAGGCGCACCAGGAAAUAUUGGCCAACAUUAAUGAACUACCGCAAACGCAGUCUGUGGAAAAUAUGUUGAUGGAGUUUAGCAGAGGAAGCGAUGUGCUGGAAGAAAGUCGGGAUCGGCUUCAAGAGGUGAGCGAAGCAUUGGCGCAGGCUCCGCCAACGCCCGAAGUGCCCGUAGUGUAUGGGACAGAUAGCGAAGCAAUGGAACAGAUACGAUCUAGAAUGGAGUACAUCCGACUGAUGAGAUCAAGAGAGUCAGCAACACCGAGAACUCCACAACCCGUAGAGAUUGAAGUUGGCACAGAAGAAGUUCUCGAUACCGAAGAAGUUCCCGACAUACAAGAAAAUCUAGUUCACUUUAGUCCUCUUGCACUACAGAUGCAGGAACUUUCGGAAGAAAUUGCAACAACGAUCGAAGGAGCAGAACUAUUACAGGGCGUUUCGCAAGCGAUCCCUGAUUCGGUUGUUCAAGAAGAAGCAGAGCAGCGUAUAGAAAACGCCGUGGAGGAGCUAGUUAAUAUAUCGAAUCAGUUGCAAAAUCUGUCGAAUGAAUGGGAGCAUAUUGUGCAAGAUAUGGACGAGUCUUCGCUUGGACUAAUAGCGGAUGAUGACAUUGAAGAAGACAUCUUUGGUGAUGCUGGAGUGGAUGGAGGUGUAGGAACUGAACAAAUACAAGAAAAAUUCGCUGAAGCACUGGGGGAAAUCAGCUUUGAAGGAUCGUUACUCGAAGGAAGUUUGAACGAAUUGAUGGAUAGCAUUGUAGAAGAACUGCAACAUUCAGUGCAGUUAGAAGCCGUUGCGGUUGCAAAUGCUUCCGCUUUAUCUCAGCAUGCAGAAGUGUUGGACAAUUGCAACGCCGUCGUGGAAGGAUUAGAAGAAGUCCUUGACGAAAUCGUUGCCCUCGAGCCAGAGCUUCCAGAAGAUAUGGCACCAGUGCGAGGAUCUAGACGAGCUGAGAUUGAGUCCCGACUGAAAACGCUUCGUAUAGCUUCUCGACAACCAGUUGAUGAGGAUACUCUAGUAGAUUUCGACGAGGAGGAAGAGGUGUUGUUACCAGAAUACGAACGGUUCACAAUUGAUUGGGGCGAAGAGAGAGACGAAGGAAUACUGGAGGACGAUUCAAUGAUAACGGAUGAUUUACAGAUGGAUGACAUAGGAGCGGCUACAGCUACAUUCUUCGCUAGGCCUGUGCGACGGAUAUUACCAUUCAGUCCGACCUUAAUCAGACGAACAUUUACGCCGGAGAAAAAACAACGUAAACGUGGUUUGUUCCCGGAAGAAGUAGUUAAAGUGGAAGUUAUAAAUCUUAUGGAUAAAGCACAGCAACAGCAAGAAGCUCUUCUCCAUUCAAGCCGCGCACUUCGAGACAACGUAUCUAAUGCAGCUGCCAAAGCAGCCAGUAAGCAGGCUAGCAAUAUGAUAAAGAAAGCACAAGGAUCAGUCGCUGGUAUUGCUUCACAAGUUCUGCAUGCAAAAGCGCCCAAAAAAGGUAUUUUGAAAGCUUAUUCGCCAGCCCCCUAUCGAAGUCCUUUGCCAGGACCGUCACAAGCUCCUUCGAAACUACCAUCGAAAACCCCUUCAAAAGCUGUACCGAAAACUCCAGCUCGUUCAAAAAUCUCCGCGAUGAUCCUGAAAUCACCCACGAAAGCAUACGCUGGGAGAACUCCUCCCAAAAUACAACCCAAAACACAGCCAACACCAGAUCAACAACCAGCAGGUACUGCGGCUUCGGCAACUAUCACAGCUCAGCUGGCUCCUCCGCCAGGCGAACAGGUACCGAAGUCUACUGUCAAAGCACAAGCCAAGUCUCCGGCAAUCGAUCAACAAGCAGUAGUAGCUGCUAAGGCUUCGAGAGUUUUAAGGAGGAAACCAGCUAGCGCAGGACAGUUGGCACCUCCACCUGGUGUACAGGUGCCGAAACCGAGGGCCGGAUCGGCCACUCCUGUACCAGUUAAGCGACCUCCCCAUCCGAUCCCAUUGCCAUCCGGAGCAGGCGGUGGUGCUGUCACACCAACAGCUUCGACUUCAUCGCUGCGGGCGGCGCUUCCUCGGCCAUCUACGGCAGCGAAACACAGCCGGAAGCGAUAAAAUUGUAAAUGGAUAUGUGCUGAUGUAAAUUAUUAUGUGAAUACUCAGUGGGGCACAUUGCUGCAUUGUAGGA